AUGGCGGAUGGAGGAGCUCUUCCGCUUCUUCGUCCCUUGUUGCCGCGACCGUCGAUUUUCCCCAGCUUCUCAAACCUCCGUAAAUGGCGAUUCCAAAACCCGGAAUCUUCCUCCUCGCGUUCUCAUCUCCUCAACUUCUCUUCCUCACGCUCUAUAGUGGUGAAGUUAAUUCCGCUGAAUCGCCGGAGAUUCAGCUAUAAAACCAGCGCCGUCACGGAGAGAGGCGGAAAUGGACGGACGGUAAAGGGUAAAAGAAGGAGGAAAAGGCGGGAGCUUUGGGAAGAGCUCUUCGGGGAUAAUGUUGAAGACGACGACGAUGAUGAUGAUGGUAGUGGUGAUAUUGACCUGUGGAAGAUCUUAGAGGAAAUUGUAGAUAAUGUCUGGAUUUUAAAGGCAUUCAAAUCGUAUGGAUAUCUCCUACCGUUCAUCAUCUUAUCGCUUUUUUUCAGCACCGGACCCAAAGCUUUCCUCAUUUCACUAGGCGUAGCCAUUGGACCGUCACUGCUGUUUUUUGCGUUCCAGAAGUUGAUUGGUUGGGAUAAACGCAGAAGAAGAACAUCAAUGGCAAAUCAAUUUGGGAUAGAGGAAGAAGAAGAUGAAAUGGAGAUAACAAGGAGCAGCAGAGUUCGAUACAACCCGUCGCAGGCCAGAAACAAUGUCAAUGGCCGUGGAAUUAACACUGAAAUGGCUUCUAAGUUUGGUGGGUGGGACGAGUUAGACCGGCUCGGGAACAUUUCCGGGCAGCCGAGAAGCGAACCGAAGAACAAACCGGUGAGGAAGAGGAAGAAAAUAAGAAGAGAAGAGGCAGCUGAACCAUUGUUGCUGAGAUUGUUGGUGUCUUUGUUCCCAUUCUUAAGCUCUUACACAAACAUGCUCAAGUGA